AUGCUGGUUUUGUCACAAUUAUGGAAAAAAAAGAUGACUAGCCAAGUUUUACUACAACAUGUUCUGAUUAACGUUAGACCACGAGGUGGUCAUAAUACCAAUCGUGGCAAAGGUAACAACACCCGUGGUGGUAGAGGCGAACAUGACUAUGGUGGGGUUGCAGGUGUUGGAAAAAAUGGUGCACCACAACAGUUGAUGCAAUACUCGCAGUAUGAAGCAUUCCUACCAUAUCAACAACCCUUCCUUAAUCCUUGGACUGGACGGGCCCAACCUUCAUACCCUUAUCCUGCAACCUCGUGGCAACCUAGACCUCCAUGCCAAGCAUGUAUUCUUGGACUGCUACCACCACAACAAUCAUACAACACAUUAGUAGCACCAUCUAAUGUUGGGGACAUACUUAAGGAAUUAAUGCAGCUAUGUAUACUUUUACAAUCUCUCAAUCAGAUGAGAAUUGGUAUAUGGACACAUGUGCUACCUCUCAUAUAA